AUGCUGCUGGUACACGGAGCCCCGCCAUCCAUGCUGCUCCGACGCCCAUUUUGCGAGUCCCGCUCAGGCCGCAGUCGUGGAGACGGUCCAAGAGCUGCCGAGGCCAAUUGUGGCCCAAUCAGCAUGUCUGUGAUCGACUCGAAUGGCUUUAUAGCCGCCGGUCCCUGCCUCAACUCGCCUCACCAUCAGCGUUCUUUCUCUCACCAACACUGUCACCACCACCACCACCACCACAACAACAACAACAACAACAACCCAAACUAUCACCACCAAUUCACACAUCACAAUCACCACCUCCCUUCUCAGCAAAGUCACCAAUACUUCCAGUUUCCUGGCCAACAACACGUCUAUUCCGGUGCCCAUCGCCAGUCCAAUAGCCAGACUAGCUGCUGCAUGCAUGUGGGCCAGUCUCGAAAGACUCUUUCGCCCUCGUCCGGUUACCGAGGCGGACAGCUGAGUGGUUAUCAGAAAAGACAGCUCCGCUUGCCUGUAUUCUAUCAACCGGCUUCAAGAGCCCCUUCGUCUCUUCCUCUCUUUCCUUCUCUGUUCCUUCCUCUUCCUCCUGCCCCUGCUUCCCCUCCUCCUCCUUCUCCUCCUCCUCCUCCUUCUGUAUCCCCGUCGGGUGUCACUGCUCGUCGGGUACAGACUGCCUAUUUGCGGCCUCCCUUUCAGCCUCGUUGUCCUUCUGCUGGAGCCACGGUGCAUCGGUUCCCCUCGCCGAGCCUACCACGAGGCGGUGUUGAUGCCGCACUCUCGUCUGGAGGCCUAGCCUGCAAGCCUUGUCUGUCGCAGGGCAACCUAACCUGUCUGACCCCGAGCCCUGGCGUCACUGGCCCAUCCACGCCUCGGCCAGUGAAUAGACUGGACAGGUCAAUGGGUCAGCUUUCACUCAGCUUCGUCUCCACGGCAUCACAGCCUCUUUUGAUGCUGACCAAGCCGGCAGAUCCGCCACGAGGCUUCUCCAUCCUGGCGGGCGGUCGCGGGUCUCAGGGCUCACUUCUCGGCCACCAGCAACACCAGCAACACCAGCCAACACAGCAACUGCAGCAAAAGCAUCAACAGCAUCAAAAACACCAUCACCAGCAACAGCAACAGCAGCAUCUACAGCUCUUUCAUUCACCGGCCGAGUGGGCUCCCAUGACUGUGUCGCCGCAGGACUCAUUGAGCUCUGUCGGACCAGAUCUGAUGGCCUACUGGCCGAAUGAGUCACUUGGCCACUACGUGGAUCCGAUACAGGCGCCUUAUUUUCGCGCAAGCCAACAACACGUGCAAUAUCAUAAUUCGCAACUCCAGCCCAUGCGAUACUGCAACAAUCCGCCGCAGGCGCAGAUUCACACGCAGCUACAGACGCCGGAUCAUCAACAAACCCAUCAUUAUGCCGAUUCUCAGACGAUCGGCAAAUUGCACCAAUUAACUCACCACCAGAGCAAGCCGAUCGGUCGGUUGCAACAACAGCCAACAGAUCAUUUCAACCAGCUCUGCCAUGCGCAAUGCCGUCCGAUCCAGCCACUGUCGGAGCUGGCCGAGAUGGCCGGCAUGAACGGAGAAGCCGUCUUGUCCACACUCCGACGCACCGUCGAGCGCACGCAGUCGGCUCCAAAUCAGUCCAGUCUCAUGCUGGUCGGUCAGGUAAGACGAGCGCUCUGCUCCAGUCCGUUGCUGUCCAAGCUCGCUUGUGUCUGUACCUUUGGCCUUUGCCGUUUGGCUCCAAGUUAG